AUGGAAACUAGCAGUGUCUUAUCAGACACUAUCGAGCAACAGCAAUGCAACUAUUGCGGCACCGUCUUGUGGUUGUGCGUCUGCAUCACCACCACAGUGGUAACAGUGCUUGGAAACGUGCUCACCAUACUCGCCAUAUUACUCAGCAAACGGCUCUCUUCGAUGAUGGCUAACUAUUUUGUAUUCAGCUUAGCGAUAGGCGACCUGUUGGUGGGUUUUUCUAUCCCGUAUCACAUGCUGUUCUAUAUGAUAGGCGAGGACUUCGGCAGCGGCAAGACCAGCUGCCUACUUCGCUUCGUGUUUACCUCUUUUGCAUGUUCUAGUUCCAUUACCAAUUUGCUGUUAAUAGCUAUGGAUAGAUAUGUGGCCAUCGUUUAUCCGCUGCAUUAUGGUAGCUUCAUGACCAAGAAGAGAGUCUGCAUUUUCAUAGCAGCAAGCUGGGUGACAGCAACGACAAUGGCCUCGGUUCCCCUAAUGUGGAACGAUUGGCACGAGGGUGUCAGAUGCGAGUUGGUCCACGUGGUGCCGCACAAUUUCCUCGCCUGGGUGGUGUGUCCCACGUUUGCACUCAUAUGGACAGCCAUGCUGUUACUUUACGCGAGGAUAUGUCGCGAGGCGAACGGACACGUCAGACGGAUACGGGAAACUACUAGCUCCCAAGAUGGACAAGUUAUGUGCGUGUCUACCAGAGACUCAAAAUCAUUCCAGUUGACGCUGAUGAUCCUAGGCUGUUUCACCAUAAGCUGGAUACCGUAUUUCGUAAUCACGCUAUACAUCCAAGAAUUAGUACCCAACGUGUACGAGAUCUCGCUUAAUUUAGCUAUGGCCAAUUCUAGCAUGAAUCCACUCAUCUACGCAUGGAAAAAUACGAACUUCAGGAAGGCCUUUCUCUGUCUGCUCAAGUGCCGAACGCCGGACGACAGCCCAAGGUAUAUUACUGACCACGUGCCUAGCAAACGCGGUUCGAUGAACAAUAUCGCCGACAGCGAGAAAAAUGAAUCCUCGGAGAUGAAUAAAAAACAAGACAAAGCAGUAUUUUUUGCUAAUCAUUGUAGCAAAGGAAGGUACGAUUCUACAUAUGAAACCGUUAUAAGUAUUAAGUGAAGAUAAAGGGAUCGUAUUAAGGAAAAUGUGUAUAUGUACAAAGCAGACUAUUAGGGUGCAGUGGAGAGAAAUGCAAUGAGCAGUGAAAAUAUCAUUAGGAAGGUUGUUACUACGACUUUAGAUACAAAUGGUACGAUAGUCGAUAAAAGUUAUAAACAUGUAUCGUAAGUAGACUUGUCAACCGCUUGUAUUUAGUUUGUUCACGUUGUCGAGUCAAAGAAAAAAGUAAUUAUACAACACUCGCGAUUUGAUUGGGUUGAUAAAAUUGUUACAAGUUGAAUUUAUAAUAUUUGUACAAGUAUUUGUGUGAAGCGAUGUAUAUUUAUGUAUAUUGUAAAAUAAAUGUGAUACGUAUUUCAAUCCACAAAAUUUGCAAAUGUAAUAAAAUUUUGAUCCAA